UAGGUAAUCCUUUUCAAGUCCCAUCCGAAAAUAAUCCCCUUUCUUAUUAAACAGCCUUACCGACGGAAUAAUAGGAAUAUUACUUGUCGAAUAGCACAAGACCAACAUCCCAAGGCGGUUCAUCUAAUCCAAUUAUUUCGGCUGUCAAGUCAAACUGACAGCUACCGGUGCUGUCGCACGACUUCGAAAGACGUGUAACUCUAUCCGCGAAUUAUCAUCGGCCCAGAUGUCUACGGACAACUGACGGUUAUGUAUUUGGUUAACCUAGAGGACUCUCCUUACAACUACCGAUACUCAAGACGGCGAACCUUCAUAUGUACCCAACCCGGAAAUGCACCUCUCCAACACAAUGCUCAGCCGCCUCCCGCACUCGCUCCUCGUCCUCCUUACCGUCGCGACCCAGCUCCGCGCGCAGCAGCAGCAGCAGCAGCAGCAUCCGACAGCAAUCCGGAAGAUGUCGCUAGACGAGGGCGAGAUGUUCUUACCAGAGUACUACGCCUUCGCGCCAGCACCACUACAGCCCCGCGACGAAGAUGAAGAGCUCCUGCUUGCCGGACACAGCUCUGCCGCCAUCCCGUUUCGUCCGCCGUACCCGCUGCACUACGACUACCAUAGAGCUGGGAUAAGAGGAAGGGUAGAAGACUCAGGACCGUCCCUGUAUAACCGUGCGCGCGACGUCCUAGCCAAGCUGCAAGGCCGCCAGUUCGCGUGUCCCGAAAACACGCAUAGCUGCGAGAACAUCGACCAGCCGAAUUACUGCUGCACCCAGGGGACCAAGUGCUUCGUCGUGACGAACGCCCCCGACGCCGGGAACGUGGGAUGCUGUCCCGACGGCCAGACGUGCGGCGUGACCGUGGGACAAUGUUCAGAUGGGUCUUCGUCCUGCCCGGCGAACCAAGGGGGCGGGUGCUGCAUCUCUGGGUUCGUGUGUGCUGAUGUCGGGUGCGUCCACAGCACCGUCUCCGUCAUCACCCAAACAACCGUAACAUCCACCACCGUAGCCGCAACCCCCUCCGCCUCGACGCAAGUCAUAACCGUAGUCAUAACCGUCACACCUCCCGGCGGCGGCGCCCCCGUCCUUAGCACCACCACGCAGACCACCACCGCAAGCGCGACUCCCGCCUCUCCCAGUUCUACCACAGCAACAGGCGGCAUCCCGCCCUACCGACCCACAAGCGGCACCUCCUCGUCUUCCUCAACAACCACCUCCCCCUCCCCAUCCUACUGCCCAACCGGGUUCUACGCAUGCGUCGCCCGCGAAGGCAGCGGCGGAUGCUGCCGCACCGGGCGCGACUGCAGCACGACGUCGUGCCCGGCGCCCCCGCCCAUGACGACGAUACUCUCCGGCGGCGGCGUCACCAUCGCGGUGCCCGCGUCCGACGCGCAAGCAGCCGCGGGCGCGCAGCCCACCGCGACAUGCGCCUCGGGCUGGUUUCUCUGCGGCGGCGACGACGCUGGGCCCGUCGCCGGGUGCUGUCCCUCGGGGUAUGCCUGCGGCGCGGCAAGCUGCACGAUAUCGACGAGCACGGCGACGGCGACGGUGCAGAAGGAGUUGCCCAACGCGGCGCCGAGCAGAGGUGGGGUUGCGCAUGUGCUGGUGUUGGCUUGGGUCGUAGGUGUGGGCUCUGCUUUGGUUUGGAUAUAGGGGGCGGAU